AUGGGGGACGAGAGAGAUUCUUUGUUGUUGUUGUGGGAUGUGGUCGUGAAGUGCGACGAUAUUUGUUUCACGCACAUCUUGCCGAGAUUGAAUCGAACUGAUCUUAAAUUCUUGUACGGGGUGAAUACGGAGACGAGAAAGUUGAUUAAGAGAUCGUCACGCAAGGGGGAGUUGAAAAAGAAGUUUAGAGUGAGAGAGAUGUCGUCGAUAUCGACUUUGGAAGUAGCGUGGGAGAAUCUAUCGUUGUGGCCGAGAUGGUGGGACGAAACAGAUUUCUGCCAGAAAGUUGCUGAAACGAAUAAACUCGAGUUGCUCAAGUGGGUGCGAGAGGAGAAAAAGUGUAAGUGGGAUAAAUAUACGAUUAAUGAGGCCGCAUCUCAAGGUAAUCUGGAAAUGGUAAAGUAUUGCGUGGCAAAUGAGUGUCCUAUCGAUGAGUGGGCGUGUGCACGUGCUGCCCAAAACGGUCAUCUCGAGUGCCUCAAAUACUUAUGCGAAGAAGCAAAAGCGCCUUGGGGUUCGGGUACUGCCUCUUGGGCGGCUGCAAAUGGUCAUCUCCACAUUCUCGAAUAUCUUGUUGAGCGUAAGUAUCGUAAAUAUACGGCAUAUGCGUGCGAGCGUGCAGCCGAGAGCGGCCACUUAGACUGUUUGAAGUACUUGCGCGAAACCGCCAAAGCGCCGUGGGACUCUUGGGCGGUACGAAGAGCGCACGAGAACAACCAAACCGAGUGUGUACAAUACUGCCUCGACAAUAACUGUCCUCUCCCAUCCAAUUGGCGAGAUUUGCACGCAACCUCCUAA